GAUAUUAUAAACUACAUGCCGUUUUUGUUAACUCCACUGAUCGUCGUCUUCUAUUCUAAUUCGAUCCUCGGCGGAGAAAUUAGUCAACGAGAAAAUUCAGAUCGGGAAUCAAACUUUGAGAAGAAGAGAAAAAGAGAACUUCUAAAGAUGAAUUUAGGGUUCGUAGUUGGAGUUUUCGGCAUUCUGAUUCUCUCCCAUGCCGCUUAUUCAACAAUCCAAUAUAGAGGAUUGUUGAAGAUCAUGGAGGAAGAGUUUUCUCGACCACCGAUGAAUGUUGUUCUGGAGCUGAUCAUUGGAGUAGCUCUCUGUCUGUGGGCUGCUUUGACUUUGCCUGGGAAAUUUCUCUCGAUCCAUCCGGAUUCUGAUGAAAACAGGGCGGUUUCUUUACCGGAUAACUCUGAGUUCAUGAUAUUUAACCACCGUGGCAGACUGUUCCCACCACAGAUCGACAUGAAGUUUUAAUUUUUUAUCACACUGUUUAGUCAAACAUUGAUCUGUCUAAUGCUAUGAGAUGUAUCCAUUCAUAUUCUGUUCUAAGUAAACUACUCUGCUUUUCAUCAAUUUUUGAUUCCAGGAAAGAGUCUGUGUGUUUGGGUUUCUA